AUGAGUAACUCGAUGAAAGCACCACCACCGAAGAAGGACUCUCGCAUGAGGAUUCGUGCCUUUCCAACAAACAUGGAUGAAAAGUAUGUGUCGAGCAUCUGGAACCUGCUCAAGAACGCCAUCCAGGAAAUCCAGAGAAAGAACAACAGUGGCCUGAGCUUCGAGGAGCUCUAUCGCAAUGCAUACACCAUGGUGCUCCAUAAGCACGGCGAAAGGCUAUACACGGGACUGAGGGAUGUCGUCACAGAACACCUGGUAGAAAAGGUCCGUGUGGAAGUUUUGAAAGCACUCAACAACAACUUUCUACAGACUCUAAACGCGGCAUGGAACGACCAUCAGACAGCCAUGAUUAUGAUCAGAGACAUUCUCAUGUAUAUGGACAGGGUAUACGUUCAGCAGAACAACGUUGACAAUGUAUACAACCUGGGCUUGAAGAUCUUCAGAGACCAAGUGGUGAGGUACGGCAACAUCAGGGACCAUCUCAGACAGACGCUACUGGACCUUGUCAUGAGGGAGAGGAAAGGAGAGGUUAUAGACAGGUUAGCGGUGAAGAAUGCAUGUCAGAUGCUGAUGGUGUUAGGUAUUGACUCAAGAUCUGUAUACAUGGAAGACUUUGAGAGGCCGUUUCUUGACCAAUCAGCAGACUUCUACAGGAUGGAGAGUCAGAACUUCUUAACAGAGAACAGUGCAUCGGUGUACAUCAGGAAAGUGGAGGCUCGCAUCAACGAGGAAGCGGAGAGGGCAGUACACUAUCUAGAUAAAUCCACAGAAGAUCCUAUAGUCAAGGUUCUAGAAGAGGAAUUAAUUUGCAAACACAUGAGAACAAUUGUAGAGAUGGAAAAUUCAGGUGUAGUUCACAUGUUGAAGAACAACAAAAAAGAAGAUCUAGCAUGUAUGUACAAAUUAUUCAAGAGAGUGACGAACGGUCUAGAGACGAUGUGUCGCUGUGUGAGUUCCUACCUGAGGGAACAAGGCAAAGCAUUAGUCCAGGAAGAGGAGGGCGGAAAGAACCCUAUCCAGUAUGUACAGGAUCUCCUAGAACUCAAAGACAGAUUUGACAUGUUCCUCCGAGACUCGUUUGGUACAGACCGCAAGUUCAAGCAGACCAUUUCGGGCGACUUUGAGUACUUCCUUAACCUCAACACCAAAUCCCCAGAGUACCUGUCACUAUUCAUCGAUGACAAGCUCAAAAAGGGUGUUAAAGGGUUAAGUGAGCAAGAAGUGGAGGCCAUCCUAGACAAGAGCAUGGUUCUCUUUAGGUUCCUACAGGAGAAGGAUGUCUUUGAGCGCUACUACAAACAGCAUCUGGCCAAGAGGUUACUCCUUAACAAGAGUGUAUCAGAUGACUCAGAAAAGAACAUGAUCUCAAAGUUAAAGACGGAGUGUGGAUGUCAGUUCACAUCUAAGCUAGAAGGCAUGUUUAAAGACAUGACGCUAUCCAACACUUUCAUGGAUGAAUUCAAGACUCAUGUGCAAUCAGCUUCGAUCAACAUGUUUGGCGUAGAUCUCAAUGUAAGAGUUUUAACGACAGGCUUCUGGCCGACACAGUCAGCAACCCCACAAUGCAAUGUGCCAACGCAAGCAAGAAAUGCCUUCGAAGCUUUCAAAAAGUUUUAUUUGACAAAGCACACAGGAAGACAAAUAUCACUACAACCUCAACUAGGAUCAGCAGAUCUACAUGCAACCUUUCACGGCGGAAAGAAGGAUGGUGGUAAACACGAGGAGAGGAGGCACAUCAUCCAGGUCUCCACCUACCAGAUGUGUGUUCUCAUGCUCUUCAACGUCAAGGAGCAGUGGACAUACGAGGAGAUGUGCUCCGAGACAGACAUCCCCAGCAAAGACCUGAUCAGGGCGCUCCAAUCCCUGGCCCUCGGCAAACCAACGCAACGUAUCCUGGUCAAGGAACCCAAAGGCAAAGAAAUAGAGAAUCCACAUAUGUUUUCAGUCAAUGAUGCUUUCACAUCGAAACUCUUCAGAGUCAAGAUCCAAACAGUUGCAGCAAAGGGAGAGUCAGAACCAGAGAGGAAAGAGACGAGAACGAGAGUGGAUGAAGACAGAAAACAUGAGAUUGAAGCAGCGAUCGUGAGGAUAAUGAAGUCAAGAAAGAAGAUGCAACACAAUGUACUUGUAGCAGAGGUAACAGAACAGCUCAAAUCUAGGUUUUUACCCAGUCCUGUUGUCAUCAAGAAAAGGAUAGAAAGCUUGAUAGAAAGAGAGUACCUUGCUAGGGCACCAGAAGAUAGGAAAGUCUAUACGUAUGUAGCAUAAGGAGCGCAAUUCUUUAUUUGUACAGUCAGAGAAACUUCUUCAGAGAAAACAACAAGUUCUAUUUUGGUCAAACUCUGCUCACCUUAGGUUACCUUACUUCUCUCUUGGCAUACUAUGCACCGUUUUCUCCUAUGUUCUUAAAAUUUUCAAGUGUAAAAUUAACAAAAAAUUGAAUAUAUUUUUAAAGGGAAAAAUAAUUAAAAGAAGUCCUAACUUGUUGGUUAUAGAAUGAAUCAUUUUGAAAAACUUGUCAGGAAAAGUUGUAAACUGAGUUUAAUAUGAUUUUGUUUCUAAAAAACAUUUUCAAGUUUUAUUGAAAGCAUGUUGUCCAACUUCAUUUGCAUAUUGAACCAAGGCAAGAAUGAGCUAUUGUACCGUCUUUUAUAUACCUUUUGCCUUUUUCUGCGUUCUUAAUUUGUUUUACUGCUCUGCUCUGCUCAACUUGUCAUUCUAGCUAGCAGGCAACUUACUUUCUAUGCCAUUCUCUUAAAGCUGGUGAUUGGUUUUAACUACCUGUUACUCCUUCAUGUAUUGUAAAUUUUUAGAGAGGAAAAGCAGGAACAAUCACUUUAAAAAUAUUUAUUGGCUGCAGAUGUAAUGAAAAUGGAUAGAGAGAGAAGUAAAAGUUACAUCUUCAUUUUUCUUGGAAAUGGAAAGGCAAGCAUUGGUGCCCUACGCUUAUCUGACAACAGUUACUGUGCGUUCCAAAGUUGGAUAUAAGUCAACAAAAUUACUGACAAAUGAAUAAAAUCAUGAAGCUGUAAUUCAAAGUCAAAUCAUUUUCUUUUCUGUUGAAUUAUGUUCAAGAGGCCUUAUAUAAUGUAGUAUAUAUAUUGUAUCUUCAAUAUUGUAUCCCCCCCCCCCCCCCCCCCACCACCAGUGGUCAUGUUGAAGUAUUGACUUUUUAUUUGGGUUAUAUAGUAACUUAUGGUUUGUUGGAACAGUUUCAGUAGCAUACCAUGAAGAAUACAGUGGAUUGCAAAGCUAGUAUUACUUUUAAUUUAGUAUUUAUCUUUGGUAAAUUUGGCUACAUUUAUAUAAUCUGAGCUGUGCCUCAUUAAAAAUUCUCCAAUAUUUUCCAGUGUAUCAUUCAUGUUCAAAAUCUUACAACAGAUCAAAUCUGUUUUCUUUUAAAGAGUACAUGUACUUCACCCAUGGUCAGGCGACUCUAAGCUCUUUUUGCCCCAUAUGUUACCAACCAUGUCUGAUGGUUGUAUUAUUGUGAAAGCCCCCACAAAAGCUUAGAUAAUAUCAAAUAUCAAGUAAUAUAAUUUGAAAUUCGAUACCAAUUUAUGUUUAUAUUACCAAUAAGCUUGGUCAUGUACUGGGACACCAAAUGACCAAAUACAUGUACCAUGGACUUAACCUAUUGUGUAUGUCAUAUAUUACUCAGAAUCACAGACAAAUUAUAGCAUUCAAUGAAAAAUGAAUAAUUAAGUUUGAAAUCCAUUUAUGUUUGAGUUCAGUUUUGAAAAAAGGGACAUUAGGUCAUGCAUAAACUACUAUGUUUUGGAGGUACUAAUGUUAUUGCCAUAACUCCUUUCUGCUUUUUAAAUCUAAUUCAAAAGGUCUAGAAAGGAGGACUUUCUCUUUAAGAGAUAUUAACCGACUUUUUUGUUGUCCUAAUGUUAUAUUAUUAUUUAUAUUUUAUCAUAAACAUGUCAGAAGUAUGUUGGGAUAUUUUCAAGAAAGUGAACAUGCAAAGUUAUCCUUGGGGAAUAAAAAGCUGUCAGUAAUAUCUGAUAGUUCUGUGGGGUCCUCAAAUAGAGAGAAGGGUUAAUUUUGAAAUCAUCUUGUGUUUUAAUUGUUUGACAAGGCGAAAUGGAAAUAAAGUUUUGCAUGUCUUGCCUUCUAUAUUGUUUGCUCUUUAUUUAAAAUGAUUUAAUCCACGUAUCUGAAUAUACAAACUUAGUUUCUAUGUACGAUCUCUCCGCUAUCCUGCCCCCCCCCCUUCUUCCACUUUGUUCCCCCUCUGACUCUUCUUUUCUCCCCACCCCUUCCCCCUUCCAUUUAUUUUCAAUCUAUGUAUCUGUAUUUUCUUUGCCUUCGCUGCAAGGCCCGCCAUGUACCUUUACUUGUGAUUUAACUUCUAUUUAUUAUCCUAAUGUGUGUUUCAUAUAUGCAGAUAUUUAUACCGUCAAAUUGUAAAUGUUUGACAUUUAUAGUUUAGAAGGGAUAAGAUAUUAUUGUAUGUGAUGAUAUUUUAGAUAUUUUUUUUUUUAAAGAUGGGAACUCUUGAGGGAUUCUGGUAUGAUAUGUAAGACUUCUGUGAAGGUCUUUUAAGGUUACCUCAGUUGAUGCUUCUGCUAUGAGAAGCCCUGAAUACCAAUGAUGUUAUGUUAAAGCUAGAAGUGCAGAUCUAUUGAACAUGCUUGGAAUGAAAUCCUGGGACCUGUUUCACAAAGCCUUUUUUAAAUGACAAAUGACAAAAAAUCAGUGACAAAUCUGCUGAUAACCAAUCAGAAGCAAGGAUUUUAGUAGCUUAAAUCCAAAAUUGUAAUUUGUCACUGAUGACAAGUUUUGUGAAAUGGGCCCUAGGACUUGCCACAAUGUUUGGAGUGUUGUUGUACAUGAACCAUGUACACUGUAUGUGUGCCAAUAGUCAACCGUGGCAAUCCACUAUUCCAAUGGUCGACCAAAGCAGGUAAAUGGUUAAUUUAAAGAGUUCAUAUUGUCUGUUCUGAGCAGUAGGGCCUUAACUCUAUGUUAGAGAAUAAAAGUUGAUGCUCUUCUGUCUCCAAACAGACGAUAUUUCUUUUUAAGUGAAGGAUAAGUGAAGUUAAGUUGAUGAAACACCCCUGACUUCUUCUCCGUCGUAUACUGCUUCAUUCUCGAGUUAACAUAUAUACAUUUAGAUCUGUUACAUCCUCUUUGGUGUUUAAGUUUUAAAUCACAUUGCAGCUUAUUCACUGGGAGAAACAUUUGAUUCCCAGAUGCAUUUUUCUAUUUUUUGUUUUUGGUUGUGAUUGUGUCUCAAAUUACUAAUUUGUUGCGAACUUUCAACAUGUCUUUGGACUUCACUUCAUGCUUUACGUGCGAGUCUUGACAGGCUCUCUGCUUGGUUGCACGUAGUCUUGGGCACAAUGUAGAAACCGGUCAUCUAUUUUGAUAGGAAGAAUUUAAGCUAAAAACAACAGAUAAUUUUAUAUUUAUUAUAGUAGCGAGACCACAUGCCUCGAAGUGGGAUCCAAGUACAUAUAGAUUGAUAUCAAUAACGGUGUUCGCAGAAAAUAUGGGCUUGCGACAACAGUUAGGGAGAGACCUUAUCUUUUGAAGUGUGUAGGAAGAUUUAAGCAACUCUUUUAAUUUGUCACAUGAACUCUACAUAACUGGUAAUGGUACAACUGCAGUCGUAACUUGCAGAUAUGAUAUACAUUGCCCUUCAAAUGCAUUGUAAUACGGAAUUCUGCACUGUUGUGUUGAUAUACAUUACACCAAUAAGAGUGUGAUGAUCUAUUCGAGCCUCGCUUUUCUCUGAGGUUUUGUUGUAUUUGCAAAAAAAAAUGUUAAAACUUUCUUCAUUGAGCGUACAAUUUCUUAUAAGUGGACAGGACAUAUUUGUACUAUCCUAAUAACGAAAAUGAAAUGUUUAACAUGUUUAAAGAUAUGUGCGAAUGUGAAGAAAUUGGGAAAAAGAGAAAAAUAUACAGAGAAUGUAAAGGUAUAAACGCAUGGUGUUCAAUCGAAUAAACUGUAAAUGUGUUCCACUUUAUGACGGAAACAGUCAUA